GACGGCUCGAACAAUUUCGUGGCUACCUCCCGUCCGGUCUCUCUUCGGCACCCGGGUUGUUCAAGGCAUAUUGCUGUCAUUACUCGCAGCAGAUAUGUCAAACUUUUCUGAAUUAGCUGGGAUGUUCGUGGGACAGCAGUCUUCGGCAUGAUGAUGGGACGAUAUGAUCGCCGAGCCCCGCAUUUGGUCAUGCAAUAACCGGGACGACGGCGUUUGCAGUCCGUACGUUCAUCGUAUCAUCUACUCGCAGCUCGAGUACUUAUAUAGACUGGUGCUGGUAUGAAACCGAGACCAUCAUCUGUGAUCUCGAAUACAUCAUAAGCCAGAGACAAAUCUAUUGCACCACCUCGUCGAACCCACAAUGAACCCGAGAAAGGAGACCAACAGGCUCGAGCCGCACCACCGACACCUCUUCAAACCUAUCGAGAAUAGCGAGACGGGCGGGUGUCAUCUCGACAUCUUCUUGCCCAAGACCACGAAGGAUGCUCCGGUCGCUAUGAUGAUUCACGGUGGAGCCUGGUCUAUCGGAGGUAGCGGCCACUUGCCCCCCGAUCAGGUCACUUAUCUGCUAGAACAAGGGUUUGCGGUCGUCUCCCCCGAAUAUCGCCUGGCGCCUCAUGUCAAACUCGCGGAAUGCGUCGAGGAUCUCUUGGAUGCGUAUCGGUUUGUCCAGAACGGGCUGAACGAGGUUUUGGGGACGGAGCUGGAUGUGAAGAGGACGUGUGUGAUGGGCUGGAGUGCGGGUGGGACGGGGACGUUGCUUUUGACCGACGCUAUCCUUCGAAACGGACUCGAGCGCCCCAGAGCUAUCAUGCCGACUUACCCUAAGACGGAUAACCAAAGAGGGUGGAACGAGCCCAUGCAGGCUUUUACAGACGCGUUGACGAGUGAAGAGAAGGUCGCGCUGGAUAAGCUUAUGGCUGAGCCCGUUUGCACCAAUUAUCCUAUCAAACAGGAUACGUUCUUCAAGGGGACCGAUCCUAGGAUCAUCUGGGCCCGGGCUACGAUGCGGACCAAGACCCUCAACACCUGGCUCUGCGGCCAAGACAGUCCUUAUCCCAAGUCCGUCAACCCGAUGGACGUCGUCAACGGCGAUUUCCCCCCGACUUUGGUCAUCGUCGCUACGGAGGACAAGCUUAUCGAUCCCGCAGAGUCGUAUGAUGUCGUCAACAAGCUCAAGAGCGUUGGGGCGGACGCGAGGUAUUUGGAGGCGAGGGGGAUGCCGCAUGGGAUCGCUGAGGAUGGGAGGGAGACGUGGCCGGAAGAUCAGGAUUGGUGGAAUGAGGCGAUCUUGCCGGGGUUGGAAUGGAUCGUCAAUAUGACCCGAGCGUAGACGGGUCGCUCGAUACGAUCCAUAGGUCGGACAGAAGGUUGUAUGAGAAAGCGAAUGCGAGUUGAUAGUAUAGCAUGGCCAAGCCUAACUCGGCGUUAUUUGACCU